AUGUUCAUCAGCCGUAUCCUUACUGCCGUCGCUGCCAUGGCCGUCUUCGCCAUGGGAGCCAACGCCGCCGGGUGUUGCCCUACAGCUGCCGGAGAUAACCAGUGCUCUGGGGACGGUACCGGCACUUGCUGCCCUCCCUACGCCAGUUACUGCGAGCCGUGAGUUUGUUAAACAACGAUAUGAUGGUGACUCUGCGGGAGGGCACCGCCCUUUGUAUGAUUUGUACAAAGACUUCCGUGCCUAUGUUGUUGUAUUCCUCCGUGUAACGAUCCAACACCUGUAUCCCUAAUCACCAGACAAUGUUUCUA